CCCAUAAUCCUUUGCUCCGUGCAAAACAAAAUAGUUGCCAGUCAUCGUUUGUAGUCAGAUUGUUUUAUCUGCUAUUCAGGCACAAUGAAAGAAACAGCGGCCAAGCGGCGGGAGAAGGCGGCUUCUAAAGCCGACAAGCAGCCGAAAGACGUGGAGUCGCAGGAUGUAGAAAUGCCAGAGGAGGAGGUUAAAACGCCGCGAGAGGUGGACACGCUCGAUGACAUUAAGGAGCAUGUAAAGCAGAUUGAGAAGGCAGUGUCGGGCAAGGAACCUCGCUUUGUACUGCGAGCUUUGCGGGCGUUGCCAUCCACCAGUCGCCGUCUCAACUCUACUGUGCUUCACAAAGCCAUCCAUGGCUUCUUCACCAAUGCAGCUGCCACCCGAGACUUUUUGCUGGGCUUCCUGGAGGAGCCGAUGGAGAUGGCUGACAGCGAUGUCCAGUUUCGUCCAAGGACAGGGAAGGCAGCAGCUGCUCCUCUGCUACCUGAGGUGGAAGCAUAUCUGCAGCUCCUUCUAGUGGUUUACCUGACCAACAACAAGAGAUACACUGAGGCUCAGAAAGUGUCUGAUGGCCUCCUGCAGAAGAUUGGCUCAAAGAACCGGAGAGCUUUGGAUCUGGUCGCUGCCAAAUGCUACUAUUACCACGCUCGAGUGUUCGAGUUCCUGAACCAGCUGGACACCAUUCGCAGCUUCCUGCACACACGACUGCGCACGGCCACACUGCGUCACGAUGCUGACGGACAGGCGGUGUUGUUGAAUCUGUUGCUAAGGAACUAUCUGCACUACAACCUGUACGAUCAGGCUGAGAAACUCGUCUCCAAGUCAGUCUUCCCCGAGCUGGCCAAUAACAACGAGUGGGCCCGAUACCUCUACUACACCGGUCGUAUUAAGGCCAUCCAGCUGGAGUACUCGGAGGCCCGGAGGACUCUGACCAACGCACUGAGGAAAGCGCCGCAGCAUACUGCCGUUGGCUUCAAACAGACGGUCCAUAAGCUGCUGAUCGUGGUCGAGUUGUUGUUGGGGGAGAUUCCUGACAGGCUUCAGUUCAGGCAGCCUUCCCUCAAACGUUCCCUCAUGCCGUAUUUUCUCCUCACGCAAGCGGUCAGGAUGGGUAACCUGGCUAAGUUUAACCAGGUCUUGGAGCAGUUUGGGGAGAAGUUUCAGACUGAUGGGACGUACACGCUCAUCAUCCGCCUCAGACACAACGUCAUCAAGACUGGUGUUCGUAUGAUCAGCCUGUCAUACUCUCGUAUCUCGCUGGCUGAUAUCGCACAGAAGCUGCAGCUGGACAGUCCAGAAGAUGCUGAGUUUAUUGUUGCCAAGGCAAUCCGUGAUGGCGUCAUUGAGGCAAGCAUCAACCACGAGAAGGGUUUUGUUCAGUCCAAAGAGACGAUGGACAUCUAUGGGACUAGAGAGCCUCAGCUGGCGUUCCAUCAGAGAAUCUCCUUCUGCCUCGACAUCCACAACAUGUCUGUCAAGGCCAUGAGGUUUCCUCCUAAAGCCUACAACAAAGACCUGGAGUCUGCAGAGGAGCGCCGUGAGCGCGAGCAGCAGGAUCUGGAGUUUGCCAAAGAAAUGGCUGAAGAUGAUGAUGACGGCUUCCCAUGAUUCUCUUUGUUCUCUGAUGUUGACAGAUGAAUUACCCACAAUCCCCCUCUGCUCUUGUCUUUGGCUUUUCCCUGUUGUGUCCUUUGAUCUUGCAUUUAAUGUGCCGACUGUUGAAAGAAAUUAAAGUUUUUGUUUAAAUA